AUGCACGCGUCCCCUCACCGCCCUCGUCCGUCCCUCCUCGCCCUCCCAACCGACGUCCAGUUCCGCAUCUUCACGCACGUCCAGGAGAUGGCCCCUCCCUGGCUUCCGCUCCUCUACCCCGCCCAAAUCCAUCCCUCGCUCCUCCCGCUCUCCCGCACGCUCUACUUCCGUCACACCCUCCUCACUUCCCUCGCUCGCUUCGAUUCCUUCCAGACGCUUAUCGAGGAGGAUUCGUGCGGCGGAUUGGCGGAGAGCGUCGAGAAAUUUGAGAUCGCGUUCCGGGACAGGCAUGCGUGGGAGAGGGAGAAGAAGAGGACGGAGGAGGUUGUGAGGGUUCUUGGGAGGCUGGGGGGGCUGAGGGAGUUGAGGGUCGAUAAUGUCAAGAGGCUUGGGGAAGAGUUGGUCAAGAUGGAAGAGGUCUCGCCGUGGAUGACGGAGGUCGUUGGGUGA